GCUGGAGACAGAGGUGCAGGCUCCGGGUCAGGCACAGGCCCUGCCCACUCGUCCCUACCGUCGCCAAGGGCUCAGGACCGACUCCUGAGAGCGGCCAGCACCCCACAGCCCGGGCCUGGCCAAGGCAUGGCAGAGGCGUCCUCCACGCUGGACAGCGGGCCCCUGGCAUCUGUGCCCCGCGGGCCCAGGAAGGGCAGCCCAGUGGACAGGACAGAGAAGGCUGCAGCAAUGCCUGACUCCCCGGCUGAGGUGAAGACGCAGCCCCGGGCAACGCCCCCCAGCAUGCCACCCCCGCCACCCGCUGCAGCCCAGGGGGCCACGCGCCCACCCUCCUUCACGCCACACACAUAUGGCGAGGACGGGCCUGCGACGUCUCUGCCCCACGGCCGUUUCCACGGCUGCUUAAAGUGGUCCAUGGUCUGCCUCUUGAUGAACGGCGGCAGCCACUCGCCCACAGCCGUGCACGGCGCCCCGUCCACACCCAACGGUUUCAGCAACGGCCCGGCCAUGUCGUGCUCAGCUGCGCUGUCCACGCAGCACCUGCCCCCGGCCUGUGGGGCCCGACAGCUCAGCAAGCUGAAGCGCUUCCUCAGCACCCUGCAGCAGUUUGGCAGCGACAUCUCUCCAGAGAUCGGGGAGCGUGUGCGCAUGCUCGUGCUGGGGCUGGUGAACUCGACGCUGACGAUCGAGGAGUUCCACGCCAAGCUGCAGGAGGCCACCAACUUCCCUCUGCGGCCGUUUGUCAUCCCUUUCCUGAAGGCCAACUUGCCCUUGCUACAGCGCGAGCUGCUGCACUGUGCGCGCCUGGCCAAGCAGACACCUGCCCAGUACCUGGCCCAGCAUGAGCAGACACUGCUAGACACCAGCACCACCGCCCCUGGCGACUCCUCCGAGCUCCUGCUAGAGGUGAACGAGAACGGCAAGAGGCGGACACCUGACAGGACCAAAGAGAAUGGAUCAGACGGUGACCCUCCACACCCUGAGCACCUCAGCAAACGGUCGUGCACCCUGAGCCCCGCCCAGCGCUACAGCCCCAGCAACGGGCUGCCGCACCCCUUGCCGCCCCCACACUACCGCCUGGAGGACAUGGCCAUGGCCCACCACGUCCGCGACCCCUACCGACCCCCCGACGCCCGGGAGCUGCGGGAGCGUCAUCGGCAGCUCGCAGUGCCUGGGUCCCGGCAGGAGGAAGUGAUCGACCACAGGCUCACAGAGCGAGAGUGGGCAGAAGAGUGGAAACACCUCAACAAUCUCCUGAACUGCAUCAUGGACAUGGUGGAGAAGACACGGCGCUCGCUCACAGUGCUGCGCCGGUGCCAGGAGGCUGACCGCGAAGAGCUCAACCACUGGAUCCGGCGCUACAGUGAUGCUGAGGAUGUGAAAAAGGGCCCAGUGCCCGCCCGGCCCCUCAGCAGCUCUGCUGGCCCCGAGGGCUUCCAGCUUGACCUGCACCGCGAGCUCACACCCAGGGCGCUGUCCGGCUGCAUGCCCGAGGAGAUCUGGAGGAAGGCUGAGGAAGCUGUGAACGAGGUGAAGCGUCAGGCGAUGUCGGAGCUGCAGAAAGCCGUGGCAGACGCAGAGCGCAAAGCCCAUGAGCUCAUCACCACGGAGCGUGCCAAGAUGGAGCGGGCCCUGGCUGAGGCCAAGCGCCAGGCCUCCGAGGAUGCCCUGACCGUCAUAAACCAGCAGGAGGACUCUAGUGAGAGCUGCUGGAACUGCGGGCGCAAGGCCAGCGAGACGUGCAGCGGCUGCAACGCUGCGCGCUACUGCGGCUCCUUCUGCCAGCACAAGGACUGGGAGAAACACCACCACGUGUGUGGCCAGAGCCUGCAGGCAACACAGAGCCAACCAGAGCUGCACCGCAGCCGCCUCAGCUACCUGACACGAGCGUCCACCACGACCUGA